AUGGGUCUCCUCGGCAAUGCUGUCUACUACACUUUCCACCCUAUGCAAUUGAGGUCUAUCCUCCAAUGGAAAGUCUGGCACAACCCUCCCCACGAGCGUAAUGAGAAGAACGAGACGGAAAAUCAAAAGCUUUGCUUCAAGUUCCUGGAUAAGACAAGUCGCAGCUUCAGUGCCGUUAUCAAAGAGUUACAUCCUGAGCUGUUGCUUCCUAUUUGCAUUUUUUACUUGGUUCUCCGUGGGCUGGAUACCAUCGAGGAUGACACCUCUAUUGACUUGAAGACCAAGGAGCCUCUCCUGCGGGACUUCAAGGAUAUCCUAACACAAGACGGCUGGAACUUCACCGGCAACCGUCCUGAGGAGAAGGAUCGCGAACUGCUGGUUCAGUUCGCUUGCGUCAUUACUGAGUUCAAGAACAUGAAGCCUGAAUACCAGGCCAUCAUCAAGGACAUCACUGACAAGAUGGGCAACGGCAUGGCCGACUACUGUGUAAAAGCAGAGAAGGACGACGCCAGUGUUAAGACCAUUGAGGAGUACGACCUGUACUGCCACUAUGUCGCCGGUCUUGUCGGCGAAGGUCUUACCCGUCUGUUUGUCGAAGCCCAGUUUGGUAACCCUGCUCUAUUGAAGCGUCCCAGGUUGCACAAGUCGAUGGGACUCUUCCUGCAGAAGACCAACAUCAUCCGUGACAUCCGCGAGGACUUUGAUGAUGACCGACGCUUCUGGCCCAAGGAAAUCUGGUCCAAGCAUGUCGACAACUUUGAGGAUCUCUUCAAGCCUGAAAACUUGGAUGCCGCUCUCAACUGUGGCUCCGAGAUGGUCCUGAAUGCCCUGGAGCAUGGCGAAGAGUGUCUCUUUUACCUCGCUGGCUUGCGUGAGCAGAGUGUAUUCAACUUCUGUGCAAUCCCGCAAGCCAUGGCUAUUGCCACCCUCGAGUUGUGUUUCCGCAACCCCGAGAUUUUUAAGCGGAACAUCAAGAUCACCAAGGGCGAUGCCUGUGAUUUGAUGCACCAAUCCACCCAGAACCUGCAGGUCUUAUGUGACACUUUCCGCCGACUCACCCGUGCUAUUCACAAGAAGAACACCCCCAAGGACCCCAAUUUCCUUAAGAUCAGCAUCACCUGCGGCAAGAUUGAGAAGUUCAUUGAAACUAUCUUCCCGUCGCAGUCUGCCGAGGCCGCUCAGCGGAAGGCCACCGGCGAGCUUACUGCCGCCGAGGCCAAAAAGAGGGAAGAGGAUGCUGAGAACAAGCAAGACAUUUACUUCAUGAUGGCUCUUAUGGGUACCAUUGUUGCUAUCGUCGCUGGUCUCAUGAUCUUCACAGCUUGGAUGAUGGGUGCUCGGUUUGACCUUGCCUUCAAGGAACUCCUUAACGGAAACUUCCGCCCGCCACCCAAGCAGCUCGAGCAUCCCGAGCUUUGA